CAGCAUUUACAGCAGCAUGUAUUGCGGAUUACUCCCCUUGUUGGUGUUGGUGUUGGUGCUGCCGUUGGCGAGUGCGCGUGCUGCAGGAGUUAGCUGCUGAUAGGCAUCCACUUGGUCAACUUGUCCAAUCCUGUUCAGAUACUCUGGUAUCUGCAUUUACAUCAGUAUUUGCCUUCGCAAUUCAUUGACAAGCCGUGUCCGUCCCCUACUUCAUCAACCAUAUAUCUACAGUAUAGCAACUGCCAAGAUGGACAACUUCAAAGCAUUCGGCAACAGCCUGAGCAAUCUCGGCCAAAACUUCACACCCUUCGCAUCGCGAACCUUCCAGUACACCAAAGAGCAGCUUGGCCAAGCUGAAGACAAGACUCAGCUUCCUCCCGACUACAUCGACCUCGAGAAGCGAGUCGAUGCGCUCAAGCAAGUCCACCAGAAGCUGCUCUCGGUCACGUCGCAAUUCAACCACGAGUCUUACGACUACCCACCCAACAUCAAGGAGACCUUUGGCGACCUCGGCCGCACUGUCAGCGAGAAGGUCCAGCUGCUCUCGACCGCCUCCUCUCCCGCCGAGGCACAAGCUGCCCUGACUGCACCCCCCACCGCCAAACCCCAGCCCAAGACCUUUAGCCAUGCCCUCGCCCGCGCUUCGCUGAACGGCUCCCAGCUCCUCCACCAGCAGCACACCGGCGCCGGCGAGGACCCUCUUGCGACUGCUCUCGAGAAGUAUGCCCUGGCCAGCGAGCGUGUUGGUGAGGCCCGUCUCGCCCAGGACGCCCAAAUCCAGAGCCGAUUUCUGGCCGGAUGGAACACCACCUUGAACACCAACCUUCAGUUCGCUACCCGUGCGCGCAAGAACGUCGAGAAGAGCCGUUUGACGCUCGACUCGGUCAAAUCUCGCGUCAAGGGUAAUACAUGGAAGAUUGGUGCUGCCGGUGGAAGGGACGAUCAGCCACACGACCAUGAGCUGAGCCCAGAAGCUCAGGAGGAGAUCGAAAAGGCUGAGGACGAGUUCGUUACCCAGACCGAGGAGGCCGUUGGUGUCAUGAAGAACGUGAGUCUUGCAUACCAUGUACCUCUUGCCCGCGUAUGCGAUGUUUACUGACAAUUCUCUGUUAGGUCUUGGACACCCCUGAACCCCU